AUGGACGACCCUCUGAUAUCCUUGUUCCUCCAUUCAUUUGCUCAAACUCACCAAAUAGACGACCCUCUGAUAUCCCUUGUUCCUCCAUUCAUUUGCUCAAACUCACCAAGUAGACGACCCUCUGAUAUCCCUUGUUCCUCCAUUCAUUUGCAUUCAAACUCACCAAGUAGACGACCCUCUGAUAUCCCCUCCAUUGUUCCUCCAUUCAUUUGCUCAAACUCACCAAGUAGACGACCCUCUGAUAUCCCUUUAGACAACCUCUUGUUCCUCCAUUCAUUUGCUCAAACUCACCAAAUAGACGACCCUCUGAUAUCCCUUGUUCCUCCAUUCAUUUGCUCAAACUCACCAAAUAGACGACCCUCUGAUAUCCCUUGUUCCUCCAUUCAACCCUCACCUAGACGAUAUCCCUUGUUCCUCCAUUCAUUUUGCUCAAACUCACCAAAUGGACUUGUUCCUCCACCCUCUGAUAUCCUUGUUCCUCCAUUCAUUUGCUCAAACUCAUCCCUUCAGGUCAUAUCUAUCUAUCUAUCUAUCUAUCUAUCUCAAGUAUUUCAUGCCUAUCUAUCAAAUAGACGUUGCUGGCAAAUGGUUAAGACUCGCUAA